AUGGCCCAGAAGAUGUUGAGAAUGAAAUGCAAUAUCGUGCAUGGAACUCAAGUUCUGUGGAACGUCGCUCUGGAUGGCUUCAGCUACGACGAAGGAAAGCCAAAGACAUUUAAGCAAGAAAACGGGGUGGUGAGAGAAUUUUGCGAUAACUGCGGCGCUUUCAUCUGUGAAUAUGGAGAAGCGGCUGCAGACAAGUUCCGAUAUAUUAUGUGGGGCACUUUUGAUGAGCCGGACAAGUUUCCUCCUAAGGGAGAAUUCUUUUGCAAGUAUCGAGACGGGUGGAUGCCCGAGAUACCAGGCCUCUUUCACAAGAAUGAAAUCAAAGAGUGA